AUGUUAUGUUAUUAUCGCAAACAAGUUCGUGGUGUUGGCAAAAGUGCGGCACUCGCAGCGGAUGAACGAUGCCUUGAUUCACAUCUGGAUCAUCACUGCAAAGAAUGGAACAAUAAACUGCGUUCAUUGUUUGAGAUACAAGGUAGGUCUGGCCGAAUCAUGUUCGCACAUAGCUGGUGUGCUAUCUUAUCUUGAGGCUUGGACAAAGGUCAAUAGAAGGCUUUCCUGUAUGCAAAUUAAGUGCCCUUGGAUACUUCCCAGUUUCCCAAACAAGAUGGAAUACUCUCGUGUCCGCGAUAUUAACUUUAAAUCCGCUUAGAAAGUGAGAGCCGACCUUGAUGAAACGAUAGAGAAUCUCAAUGAGGGACUUAAAGUUUCUGAGAACUCGGAAGUCUUCAUUGAAAGCUCCGUUCAGAAACCGAAAGUGCUAGCGCCGACACAAGCGGAAAUGGAAAACUUAUUUUGA